AUGAUUGAAUUAACAGUUUUGAAUUAUCUCAAAAAUGCGCUUGAUGUUCCUGUUACUAUGGAAAAACCUACAAGCAACAUCGAAGAGUAUGUCGUUAUUGAAAAGACAGGCGCAGACCGAGAGAACUAUAUUGAUUCUGCAGUGUUUGCAAUACAAAGUUAUUCAGACACUUUGUACAAUGCAGCAGAACUCAAUGAAAAAGUAAAAGAAGCUAUGUUGGGCGAUGGUGUCACUACUUACGGAAUUAUAGCAAGUACAGACAUUAGAGGACAAAAAAUGUCAGCAGAUACAUCAAAAGUUAGUGCAGGAAAACCAGCCAUUGGUGGCGCAAUCUUUAGAGCACCUCUUAACAGCACAUUACCUAGCAAUGCAAGUAUAGCACUUGAUACAGCUUUUGUAUGCCUUGGCUAUGUGUCAGAGGAUGGACUUGUAAACAACAACUCUCCAGCUUCGGAGGACAUCAAGGCUUGGGGCGGUGAUACUGUUCUUACUACACAGACAGAAAAGCCAGAUACAUUCGGAUUUAAGCUCAUUGAGGUACUUAAUGAUGAAGUGUUAAAGGCUGUAUAUGGUUCAGCAAAUGUAUCAACAAUAACAGUUGGAACAGAGACAACCCACACAGAGAUUAAAGUUACUGCAAAUGCAAAGGAGCAGGAAGAGGCAGCUUGGGUUAUUGAAAUGAUUCUCAAGGGCAACAAGAAGAAGCGUAUCGUUAUUCCUGAUGCAAAGAUUACAGAAAUCGGUGAGAUUUCAUACAAGGAUAAUGAGGCAGUAGGCUAUGAUGUAACAAUCACAGCUCUUCCUGAUUCCGCACAGAACACUCACUACGAAUACAUCUACUAA